AUAUAAAAUAAACAUUGCAUUUAUGUUCCAACAGUCACAUCAGAGUUUACAGUCUUAUUGGAAGGAUUUCUAAAAUACCACCUUAGUGUUUUAUAAUCUAUUUGCUCAUAUCUUCUCUUUUUAUUCGGCCUGAAUCUUCUCUUCGCCCCUUAUUGUUUUCUAGCCGUUCUGCCAUUUCUUCAUUCUGCAGCUUCUUCUGUGUUCACCUGUCCAGAGCCCUCCAGGGUUUACAGGUGGUGCAUCAUUAAGAAUGGUACGUGGGGAAACAGUGCUCUGUGUAUAGUUAAAUGGACUGAACAAACAAAACUAAAAUUUGCCUCAAUGCUUUUUUGUGUUCAAAUUGCUCAAGUUACUCGAAGGAAUCAUUUCAGCCCUAAAUAAAAGUUGUAUAACCCAUGUUUUUCUGUAAAUCUGUUUUGCAAUUAUGUCAUACAGAAUAAAACUAAACUGAAUUGUGUGUAGACGCGGAGUGGAAAUCAGGUGAUGAUAGAUGGUGAUGAUGUUUUGAAUGACUCUCAAGUAACAUCAUAGAUUUCCCUUAAAAUUAAUUAGAUAAAGAAUAGAUAUGAAAGAAACCUGGGUCUAGAUUUUUUUCUGGAAUUGAAUGCACUUUAAUAAAUAAACACAAAAUCCGUAUGAAAUCUAUUAGAUAGUUUGGGGUGUGGAUGGGAAUCGACUCGCGAGGUCGACUCAGUUGAAAGAGUCGUUUAAAGGAAUCGGUUCAGAGAGCGUGAAAACAAGACGGAGGAGCAGGAGAAGGAACAGGACAAGGUUGUGGUUCUGCAGGAAGUUUUUUGGUCUGGAACACAGCUCACAGAGUUCGGAUUAAUCCCGGAAUAAUGAGACAGAUACAGGAGAUAGAGGGAUAGAGAGAGAUCAGCAUGCUGAACCCUGCUGCAAACGGAGACUCUGUGCAUGUGCUCUCCAGCUAUGUGGCGGAAUACCUGGAGAUGGUGGAGGCUCUACCUUUGGACCUCCAGAGAUCUGUUUCUCUAAUGAGGGAAAUAGACGCCAAGUAUCAAGAGAUCCUGAAGGAGCUGAAUGAUGUUUACGAGAAGCACAAGCAGGAACCGGAUCCCGCCCAGAGACGGCGUCUCCUCCAGCACGUCCAGCGCUCCCUGAUCCGCACCCAAGAGCUGGGAGACGAGAAGCUCCAGAUUGCGGGCCAGAUGGUUGAGCUGGUGGAGAACCGCACUCGUCAGUUCGAGUGGCAGGUGGAGCUUUUCCAGGCUUGUCAGAGUUCUCCGGAGAGCACCGUGUCUGUCGGGAGCACGGCUUCCCCGGUCGUGACCGCCGUAAACGUGCCGCCGCUGGCCACGCCGCUCAUGUCUCUGGGUAAAGCGGGGACGGAGAGAAAGCGUGAGGAGACACCAGGGUCAUGCGAUAAGGCGAGCGGGAAGCGAUCACGGAGGCAGAAGAGCGGCUCGGAAAACCGGGACAACUCCAAUUACAGUCUGGAGCACAUCGAGGACACGACAAACGUCGUCACGCCGAAAGAAAAGAAGGCCAGGUUGUCCUCUACAUCCUCGUCAAAGAAGAAAAAGAGAUCCAAAGCCAAGGAGAGAGAAGCGUCUCCGACCGACCUUCCCAUCGACCCCAACGAGCCCACGUACUGCCUGUGCGAGCAGGUUUCCUACGGAGAGAUGAUCUGCUGCGAUAACGACAAGUGCCCCAUCGAGUGGUUCCACUUCUCCUGCGUGGACCUACACCACAAGCCCAAGGGGAAGUGGUACUGCCCAAAGUGCAGAGGAGACAACGAGAAGACUAUGGACAAAACCCUUGAGAGGGCUAAAAAGGAGAGAGCCUACAGUAGAUAGAGUCUCUCUCUCUCUCUCUCUCUCUCUCUCUCUCUCUCCUCUCUCUGUGCCUUUCCACCAAGAGUUCAGUUCACUUUAGACUUUGGAGAAGAAGCAUUAAUGGAAAUCACCAGCUUUGUUUUAUUAUUUUGUAAUCCUGUAACUGUACAUCACAUCUCUCAUUUGUGUGACAUUUUUUGGACAAAACUUUGAGUUUUCACUUCAAAGGAAAGAAAUCCUGUUUCCUCGUUUAAAGUAAAAUGUAGUUUUACUCCGUCACCUUAACGAAGCGACACAGAUUUCACCAACAACGGACCCUUUUCUCCCAACGUAAAGAAGUGAGGAAAUCCAAACACUUGGCUUGAACGAAUUCAAGGUGUGACGUUUUGUUAGUUCCCUGCUCACUUGUGUGUGUGUGUGUGUGUGUGUGUGUGUGUGUGUGUGUGUGUGUGUGUGUGUGUGUGUGUGUGUGGUAUUUAUGGUAUUUGGCUGGCAUCCUUAUCCAGAGUGACUUACAGAGAUUUGAGCAGUUAAUGGUUAAGGACUCAGUAGUAGUGCAUGAGUAGCAGGGAUUUAAACUCUGGACUUCUACGUCUUAUUCGCUGAGAUGUCACUUCCCAAGUUCUUUGAAGCGAGCGUGGGAACGAAAUAAGCAAUCAUUUGGUGUUCUGUGUUUUCUACGUGAUCGUGUUAUUGUUGAGCGUAACAGGUAUUCGUUAUACGUGUUGAACGUUUAUCAUCAGUGUUUCUUAAUGACUUUUUUUUUCUUCCAUAAAUACGACAGACUGGAGUUGUUUAAAGUUUCUACUACAUUUGAUUCCAGUUCUAUUCAGACAUGCAUGUUUCUCAGAACUCCUACUGUACACAUUACAUUUUUGUGUAAUUAGUAUUAUUUUGUAUUUCACUUCACAUAGUAGCCACAGUUCCAAUAAAACCAGAUUUAUGCAAAAUGCA